GGCGCCUCGUUCUGAUGACGCGCUGGCAAACAACUGAUCAGGGGCGUCAUGCACCGCCUUCUUCCACAAUCGGAAGUAUUGACCUCCCGACCCUCACUCCCACCAUAGGCGCGCACAGCAAUCGUCUGUCAACGACACGGCCUGUGUACACCGCGACAGCCUGUGCUACCAUAUGUCCUCCCAAUUUCGGCCUAUUUUUUUUUACGGUUCCGGGUAAAACCUUGGAGUCAGGCGUCGAUUUUACAAGGCCAAAGCGUCUGCAAUCAGGCAGUGCGGACAAACGUGCGGCAGUUGCAACCAUCAUCGGCAACCUUUUUCCCACGAUGCUGCAGCGAAGAUGCUUUGUCCAUGCAGGAUAGCUUGCCGCUAUGUCAGCGAGAUUAAGACGAAACAGUUCCAUCAGGGUCAAGACACUUGAGAAACGGAGCGCUCGCGAAGAAUGUGCAUGCCGAUACGCUCUAUCCCCCACCUCCAUUCCACGCACUGACGAGCCUGAUUGGCAUUGGAAACACAGCUCGGAUACAUCCAUUUCUGUAGCAUCCAUACGCGGAAGCGAGUUCGAAAUGGAAAGUCGCAACUAGCUUACACACAGUAUUGUCACACAAGUGCCAUUUGACUCGUGCACGGAGGGCGGUUCUCCGAGUGCAUGAUAAGACCCUGUCAGCACGGUGUCUCACGUUAUCUGCCAGGGAGUGCGAGAUUUGUGUUACUCUCCAAGCCAUCAGAUUUCAGCACUUGUGGAUCCCACAAGUCAAGUAUUGCUUGCCAGUGCCAGAUUCCAAGCUUGGGACAGGACAGGGGCUGUAUUCACGCACGUGAUAUGACAUCACCUCCUUCUCAGCUCGAUUGAGUGUUUCGGGCCGGACGUCGAGACUGCGGCACACGACGAACCACCACCAUCAACGCUAUGGGCAAACUCCCCGUCAUCACCCUUCCCAAGAGCAUGCGCAAGCAAUACAUACUCACCGAGGAGCAGGCGCAUAUGUACGCGAUGGAGAAGCUGAUGAACUUCCGAUGGAUUUCCAAAAUCUUGGCGACGUACGCUCCGGACAACUUGUCUCUCAAAGACGUCGCGCCGAUAGAGGUGUCGGAUUAUUGCUCGGAAAUCGGUCAAUUCGCGGAGGUGGCUUACAGCGCCAUUCCGCCCGAAUUCAUCUUUGGUAAUCUAGAUGCCCUCAUGCAACCCGCCUUCCCGCUGGAGAACUACACAUCCCUCCGCGGGACCCAACUUGUCGCGUCUUUCUUCGGGCAGACGGCGCAUCUGCAAGGAUACGCAGCAUACCGCUCCGAAACGAAGCAGCUAAUCCUCGCAUUCCAGGGCACCAACAGCGCCCACCAAGCUCUUUACGAUAUCCAUGCACUGAAGCAUCGACACCCCUCACGGCACGGCAAGGUGCAUUCCGGGUUCUGGAGGCUGUACAAGGGUGCGAAACAGCCUGCAUUGGAAGCGCUACGCAAGGGCCUGGCUCAGCAUGAGGUCGAGGAGGUGGUGGUCACCGGCCACAGCAUGGGUGCUGCCGUUUCCCAGCUUCUUCUAGUCGAUCUCCUUCGCGAUGAGAGCCUUGUCCCGAUCGGUUCCAUCCCGAUCCGUGUGGUCGUCUUCGGGGGCCCUCGGUCAGGGACGCGCAGCCUCGUCAAGUUCUGGGUCGAGCUUGUUUCCGAGCGCCGCAAGAAGCACGGCCCAGACUCUAUCGUCGAGUAUGCCGUCAAGAUGUACAAUGACGGAGUCCCCUCCCUUCCGCCGCUGGCAUUUGGCUACCGGCAUUUUGCCCAGACCCCAUACUAUUUUGUGCACGAGCGGCUCUACUGCGUCCCCGAGCCACUGUCCGAGUAUGCCCUCUUCCGCAUCGACCCGGCGGAAGACGCCGCCGCCAAGCCUCCAUUGCAUCCGCGCGGCGGACACAACUACUACAACGGGCGAGACAUGGAGCGCUUCGCCCGGCAUAUCGGCUAUCUGGACAAGGCCAUGAAGAAGGAGGGAGACUGGAGAGAUCGAUACAGAGAGCAGGUGGCCAAGCACGAGCACGCUUGAUGCUUCUUCCCUUCCACUUAUCUCAACUAACGUUAAGGCCAUAUCACUACCUUAUUGCUUGUACUUAUCUGUUGUAACCUUAUUUAAUCAUCCUGCAAUUGACACAUCGCGCACUACAGCCGUG